AACGUACAAGAAGAAAAAAAGUUGUUAUCAUAGAUAAAGAAAAAUAAUAAUGGGGAAAUUCCCUGCAUUGAUGAUUUUCCUCGCUUCUUCUCUUCUUUUUGUCCUUCAAAACCUCGAAGUUGCUAACGCCGCCAAGUGUUUCGGAAGCUCCCUCAACGCAGCCUACGCUCAGAAUCGCCGCAAUCUCUUUUCUACUCUUGCUAAUAAAGUCGUCGCCAAUGGUGGAUUCUACAACGCUUCACUCGGCCAAUAUCCCAACAGAGUUCACGCUCUUGCCCUCUGCGCACGAGGAUACGAGCAACAAGCUUGUAUCAGUUGUGUCGAGAGGCUUACUCAGGAGACACAAACGAGUUGUCUAAACAGCACGGAUACGUUCGUUUGGGGCAGUGACGAAGAAGACCGCGUUUCUUGUCUUGUACGUUCCUCAAACAGCUCAACUUUCGGGAAACUCGAGCUCAGACCUUCUGUUUUAUAUCCAAGUCAAGAUAAUGUCGAUCCAUCUAAAAACAUUACUCUUUUCAUACAAGAGUGGGAAGCAACGGUUAAUCGGACCCUCGAGGCGGCCACAAAAGCUGAAACUUCGUCUGUACUCAAGUACUAUGCUGCCGAAAGAGCCGAGUUCACCGAGUUUCUAAAUGUUUACAUGCUCAUGCAAUGCACACCCGACCUAACUUCCCAAGAUUGCGAGCGAUGUUUGGGAGAUUGCGUGACGUAUUAUAGAGAACAGUUUCGGGGAAAACGAGGAGGCGUGGCUAAUGUUCCGAGCUGUUUUUUCAGGUGGGAUCUAUUUCCUUUCCAUGGUGCUUUUGAUAAUGUAACAAGAGUUCCUGCGCCUCCUCGACCUCAGGGAGAAAAAGGGAGCCCUAUAACAAACAAGAAAGGAAAAAACAUUGGAUAUCGGGGAAUUAUCGUGAUAAUUGUGGUUGGCACUUUCCUUAAUCUUGUGGUAUCUAUUAGUUUCUUCAAAUUCAAUGCUCGGAGGAGAAAAUUAAAGAAUAGAUUCAAUGAUGAAGUGAGGCGUUCCCUUCUUACAUGGGAGGGGAGGUUUAAAAUAAUAGAAGGCAUUGUUCGAGGUCUUGUUUAUCUCCAUGAAGACUCUCAGCUGAAGAUUAUUCACCGAGACUUGAAGGCGAGCAACAUCCUUUUAGAUGAAGAGAUGAACCCUAAAGUUGCAGACUUUGGGACCGCGAGGUUGUUCGACACUGAUGAGACUCGAGCUGAAACAAAAAGAAUAGCUGGAACCCGUGGAUAUAUGGCUCCUGAAUACCUGGCACGCGGACAAAUCUCAGGUGGUGAAAGAAACAAUAGCUUCGAAGCAGAAGGAAUUGCAGCUUUCGCAUGGAAAAGAUGGGUUGAAGGAAGGCCUGAGAUUAUAAUUGAUCGUUUCUUGGCAGAGACUCCGAGUAACGAGAUUAUUAAGUUGAUCCAGGUUGGUUUGUUGUGUGUUCAAGAGAAUGCAACAAAGAGACCAACCAUGAGCGCAAUAACAGUUUGGCUCGGCAGUGAGACAAUCACCAUUCCUUCACCUAAGGCUCCUGCUUUCACAUGGACUCAAUCCCAAUCUGAAGAUGGUACAAUGUCAAUGAGCAAGGUCUUCACGGAUUUGAGUUGUCAAGUCGUUAACGCCGUCGGGUGUGCCGGGAGCAUCUUCAACGCUAACAGUAGCUACGUUCAGAAUCGCGACAAUCUCUUCUCUACUCUUCCUAACAAAGUCGUCGCCAAUGGUGGAUUCUACAACGCUUCACUCGGAAAAAGUCCCAACAGAGUUCACGUUAUUGUCCUCUGCACAAGAGGCUACGAACAGCAAGCUUGUAUCGACUGUGUCGAAAGCGCGACUCGACUCAUACAAACGAGUUGUCUAGACCGCAUGGAUUCGUUCACGUGGGACAAACAGGAUGAAAUUUGUCUUGUACGCUCCUCAAACCACUCAACCUACGGGAACCUCGAGCUUAGACCUCCUGUUUUACAUCCAAGUCCAGAUAGUAUCGAGCCAUCGAAAAACAUUACCCUUUUCGAACAUCAGUGGGACGCAAUGGUUAACCGGACCGUCGAGGCUGCCACUGAAACUGAAACUUCCUCGGUACUUAAGUACUAUGGUACCGAUAAAGCCGAGUUCAAUGAGUAUCCAAAUGUUUACAUGAUGAUGCAGUGCACACCCGACAUAACUUCCCAAGAUUGCAAGAGAUGUUUGGGAGAUUGCGUGACGCUUUAUAAAAACCAGUAUUGGGGAAGAAAAGGAGGAGAAGUAAAUCGUCCGAGCUGUUUUUUCAGGUGGGAUCUAUAUUCUUUCCAUGGUAAUUUUGAUAAUUUAACAAGAGUUCCUGCGCCUCCUCGACCUCAGGCUCAGGAAAAGGAGAGCUCUAUAACAAACAAGAAAGGAAGAAGCUUAGGGUCUAGCGGAAUUAUCGUGAUAAUUGUGGUACUUACUUUCAUUAAUAUUUUGGUGUUUAUUGGUUUCAUAAAACUCUAUGCUCGGAGGAGAAAAUCAAACAACAUGAGUUACAUAACCGAUGAUAAAGAGAAGCGUUCGCUUCUCACUUGGGAGGUGAGGUUCAGAAUUAUAGAAGGUAUUGCUCGAGGUCUUCUUUAUCUUCAUGAAGAUUCUCAGCUGAAGAUUAUUCACCGAGACUUGAAGGCGAGCAACAUCCUUCUAGAUGCAGAGAUGAACCCUAAAGUUGCAGACUUUGGGACAGCAAGGUUGUUCGACACUGAUGAGACUCGUGCUGAAACAAGACGGAUAGCUGGAACUCGUGGAUAUAUGGCUCCUGAAUACCUGAACCACGGUCAAAUAUCAGCUAAAUCUGAUGUAUAUAGCUUUGGUGUUAUGCUUCUAGAGAUGAUAAGUGGGGAAAGAAACAAUAGCUUUGAGGGAGAAGGACUUGCAGCUUUUGCAUGGAAGAGAUGGGUUGAAGGAAAGCCUGAGACUAUAAUUGAUCCUUUACUGGCAGAAGAUCCGAUGAACGAGAUAACUAAGUUGAUUCAGAUUGGUUUAUUAUGUGUUCAAGAGAAUCCAGCAAAGAGACCAACCAUGAGCUCAGUACUAGUUUGGUUUGGCAGUGAGACUAUCAUCAUUCCUUUACCUAACGCUCCUGCUUUCACUGGAAGUCUUCAGUCCCAAUCUAAAAGUAGUACAAUGUCAAUGAACAUUGUUUUCACAGAGUUGAGUUCUCGUUGAGUUAUCAAUGAGUGAAUCAAAAUGUUGUUUCAAAACAUAUAUUCCCUCAGUUUUGUUUUAUGAGAUGUUUUGGGUGAACUGCAGAUAUUUAACAAUAGGUGAUCGAUUGACACCAUGUGCGAACUAAUUUUUUUUUUAUAUUUAAUAUAUGAUUAUGG